AUGUCAGAACAAAACAAGCCAGCAGCGCCGCGGAUAGCAAUCAAAUUCGGUACUCCUUCGAAUAGCAAUGAUUCAAAAAAGCUUGCAAAAACAAACCCGCCCUCGGCGCUAGGGAAGAGACCGCGACCACACGCUCUAGGAGGAGAAUCUGAUUCCGAAGACGACCAAGAUGACCACCGUGGACGACACGAAAAGAUCACAGGAUUCGGUGCGGAGGGCGCAGAAACAGAGCGCAAAGCGAAGGACCCAAGGACAGAGAAAAAAGACUACGUGAUUGCUCGGCAAACCAAUCGCGACUGGAGAUCAGAGGCCAAAGCACAGAGAAAGGGAAAGAAUCUACUUCCUGAGGAGGCCAGGGCUCAGCAAGCCGGAACAACAGUCGAAACAGAGCCCGCAGAUCAGGAUAAGGGUCUAAAAUGGGGUUUAACAAUCAAGGAGAAGACUGAGGACGAUAGAAAGGUCCUCGCCAAUGAAAAGGCCCCCAACCAUGACGAUAACGAUCAGAAGCCACCUCCCAAACGAUCGGCAGACGAUGAAGCUAUAGAUGCGCUACUAGGGAAGAAGGAGGAAGAGGAUAAGGUUAUCCAUCCAACCGAAGAGGACGCCUACCGCCGCGACAUCCAAGAAGCGGGUGAAGCAUCUACUCUCGACGACUACGAAUCCAUGCCUGUGGAAGAGUUUGGCGCAGCUCUCCUACGAGGCAUGGGUUGGGAUGGCAAGUCUCUUGGCAAAGUAAAAGAAGUCAAACGACGUCCUAAGGGGCUCGGUCUUGGUGCCAAGCAGCUCAAAGGGGAGGAGGACCUGGGCGGAUGGAAUCAGAACGGGCAAAAGAACAGGCCGCCACGCCUAGCCGACUACCGCCGAGAGGAGAUUAAACGAAAGGAUAGCCGUCGAAAUGAGGACAGUUACAAACGGGAGCGCGAGCGCGAGCGAGAAAGAGAAAGGGAUCGAGACAGCAGGCAUGGACACCGUGACCGCGACCGUGAUCGAGACCGCGAAAGAAACAGAGACGACCGACACCGAAGUCAUCGAGACUAUGAUCGGCGACGUUGA